GGCAAGAAUGCACUCUAUUAUCAUACCCGCCCACAUUAUGUCCCAGUGCAUACAUGCGUCCCACUCCAAAACUCCAGAAUGCAUCUAAUCGGGCGAUUGGUGCUCGAAUAUCACUAUCUAUCCUCCACGAAUGCAUGCAUAUCGUUGUUGCUCGUGUUGAGCAGCUACUCAAGUACAUCUCCUUCUGGCGCAUGCAUGUAGCAUAUAGCUUACUCCAAUAUCACCCCUUCAUUCCACCUCUUCUCAAGACCUGCUUGUACACGGGAUGCAGCCGCCCUUCUUGCGUCUCAAAUUCACCACCGAUUCUGUCACGGAGGAGUGCUUUGCUUCCGACGCUCUACUCAUGAUUGAUAUCUACUUUGAGCUUCCCCUACUCCCAGCCCAACUGGUUUCAGUUUUCUCAUUACCCAAUUCCCCUCCAAAGUUCAUCAUCAUUGGAAUCUGGAUGGAUUUAUGCGACGAGGUUCCUGAACAUGGUGGUGCCCGACGUCUCUUCAAUUUCUUGCCGUUGCAUGCUGCUGGCGAGUACAGUGCAAAGGGAAAGCACUACAUCUCUUCAUAUACCCCAUCGCUCACCGCGCUAAUGAGGGCUCCCGAAAGUCAUGACAGGUCCCUGUCGGUACCCUUCACUGCCAUUGGUCAGAAUCGACCAGCCGGUGCCUUAUUCGCUUCGGACGGUGUGGAGCUUGAGCUGGAAUUGGUGCGAAGACUUUUGCCCCCUCCCCAACUAUUUCCUUCUUGAAGAUAUUGAUGCUGCGAAAUCGGGAGCACUGCGCAUUGCAAGAUAAUACUUGGUUCCAUCCCGCGUGUCACGGAUCACAGAAUUUGGAUGAACACUUCAAGUCAAUUUGCAUUUCUCUCUGCCCGUGAAACCGCAGUCGGUGACCAUGACACUCCUGACGAAGUGAUGAUACACAUAGCGGCUGGCCUGUAAUUUUCCGGGGUUAAGACCGUCGUUGGGCUAUUAUGGAAUGUCGAUGAUAGUACCGUGCAGCACUUAGUCAAGGCACUCUACAAAGACUUUUGCGGGGACACGGCUAGUGAUGAGGACAUACCCCUGGUCCAG